CGUGAUAAUGUACCCGGAUGCUUCUCCGGAGAUAUUUAUGCAUUUUUCACAAAAUUCAUUCAUAAGCAUAUAUAUUUCACACAGUUAAGAAUUUAACAAUAAUGUGUAUUGAUAACAUGUGUGCUGUUGUAAAAUUUAAAAUAAUCACGCAAUUUUGUCAAUUUUUCUGAAGCGUACAUGGAGUUUGUGUAUCUCUCCAAAUAAUACUUUUUAUAUGCGCUGGACGUUUAUAUGCAUGCCGUCGCCACAGAAUCAGCUGAUCAACGAAAUACAUGCUGAUCACUAAACAUUUUACGUAAUUCAGUGAAAAACAUAUUUAAUAUGUGCAUAUGUGUGUGUUAGCAUUAUACUGGUAUGGUGAUACAGAAUAUUGCAUCAUGCAAAAAAAAGAAUAACGAGUAGCGCUAAUUUACAUAUUUAUCUUCGCUAAAGAGGCUAGAGAGCGACCAACAUAACCUCGAACUUCAUCCUAUAGGAUAACGCAAUCAUGAAUGGCAGUGUAUUUUAACAUCGUUCGUAAUUUAUUCACACGCAUCUAUCAUUAAUUUAUGUUAUGUCAGAUGUGAUGUGUCGGGAAUAAUAGUGUCUAGUGAUAAACAUGCUCACCGAAGAAGUUAAGUUAGGUUAGGUUCUUUGUAUACAAAAGAUACAACUAUAUUAAUAGCGAAUAUUUUGUAUAACUUGCAUAAAUAAUCACAAUAAAUUAAAGACAAUGAACUUAAUUCAAUAAUUGUUCAAUAAAUUCAACUCGAAUUCCAUUCAAUAAGACUCUACCAAGUGCAAGAUGCAUUGUAUACGUAAGAUUCUAAGUAUUACAUACCAGAAUUUACGGACGUGCAAUGAAGUGAACAAUGUAAAUAGGACAUAUAAAAGAGCAAGAGUAUUGCUACAAAAUAUUGCUUGUCGUUUUAAUCACGAUUCUGAGGGAGAUGCAAGCACAGAGAGUGAGGAGGAGCGGAACCAGUACAGACAGCUCUCCAAUCAUUACCUAGGUACUGCAGCUGGGCACAGGCUCUUUGUUUUGCAACCUUAUAUAAAAUGGGGCAGAAACAAGAAAAGAAACACUACACCAGAACUGCAAAUGGCUGAAGCUGUGGCGCUUGUAAAUACCUUACCGUAUUGGUGCGUAGUUGGAACUAAGUAUGCACCGUUGCUUAGUUUGCAGAGGAAAACUUUGAUCGGUUCUGGUAGUAUACAGAACAUGAAGCAGGCAAUAUAUAAGAGUGAGAACCCCACUGCAAUAUUCAUCAGUACUAAUCAGUUGAAAUUUGUCCAGAUGGUUCAAUUAGAAAAGAUCUUUGGCUUACCAGUGUACGAUCGUUAUUCUAUAAUUAUCCACAUAUUUCGCGAGCAUGCGAAGAGCCCAGAAGCGAAGCUGCAGGUAGCCCUAGCGGAAAUACCGUACAUCCGCAAGAAGAUGCUGGAAACGUGUAUUACUGCCAGCGGUGCGGCCUUUAUAACAGAGAAAAUGAAACUGCUGCUUGACGACAAGGAGAAGAAAUUGAAGACCAAUCUGAAAAAGUUGCAGCAGCAUCGACAACUUAUCAGGAGUCGUCGCAAGAAUAUCGGUAUGCCCACAGUUGCUGUGAUAGGUUACACGAAUUCUGGCAAGACCACCUUGAUAAAGGCGCUCACAAACGACACAUCUCUGCAACCCGAGAACAAAUUGUUUGCAACUCUCGAUACGACUGCGCAUCAAGGCAUAUUGCUCAACAGACUGAAAAUACUCUACAUGGAUACCAUUGGAUUUAUUCAGGACGUGCCCGAAACCCUGAUUGAGCCGUUUGUCGUGACCCUACAGGAUGCCAUAAUCGCUGACGUGAUAGUUCACAUAUACGACGUCAGUCACCCUGAUAUGCAGGCGCAGUAUGAACAUGUUCAACAGACGAUCAAGUCUAUGAUAGGCGAGGAUCGUUCGGUAAUCGACGUUGCCAAUAAAUGCGAUCUAGUUGAAAACGAUUGUAUACCCGAGAACGUGAUCGCCGUCUCCGCUACCAAGCUAACAGGAAUCGAUGUAUUGCGUUUAGAGAUAGAAAAGGUUCUGCUGGGCACCACCGGAUUAUUACGCAAACGUAUAAGAGUGGAGUCUGGCAGUCCUGCUGCCAAAUGGUUCUACAAAUGGACAACGGUUGUGGACGCUGUACCAGAUCCAAAUAAUGCUCAAUAUUUAAUUCUGAACGUGCUCGUUACCUCACGCGAUCUUGAAGAGUUUAAACAGUUUUUAAGACAAUAAAAUAAUUUAUACCAAA